AUGGCCACUGAAAUCUCACAAGAAGAACGGGCCCAGGGAAAUAUCAGAAAACCCGUGCUUCUAAACAAAAUCGAAGGAUGCCCGGACACAAUAAAUAUGGCAAUUGUCAUCCCAAAAGAGGACGGAGUGAUUAGUGUCAGCGACGACAAGACCCUACGGGUGUGGUUAAAACGAGAUUCUGGGCAGUAUUGGCCAAGCAUCUGUCACUCAAUGCCUGCUGAAGCAUCAUGUGUGGAUUACAACAAAGAAACACGGCUGCUGUUUGUGGGUCAAGAUAGCGGAUCAGUCACAGAGUUCGAACUGACAGAGGAUUACAACAGACUACUUCAUCGCAGAGAUUAUGUUGCACAUCAAGGUCGAGUGACGGCUGUGAAGUUCUCGCUGUCCUGUGAGUGGCUCCUCACUUGCAGCAGAGAUAAGUAUUUCAUGUGGCACUGCACGGAAACAGGCCGUCGCUUGUCCGGUUAUCAGGCAACCACGAUCUGUUUGUGUCUGGAAUUUGAUGAACAGUCUAAAUAUGCAUUUGUAGGCGACUACUCGGGCCAGAUCUCCGUUCUGAAGUUAAAAGACAACACCUUUGACCUUGUUACAACCUUGAAAGGACAUGCAGGCAGCAUUCGUUGUCUGUCUUGGGAUGCAGACAACCAGCUCUUGUUCAGUGGAAGUUUUGAUCAGUCUGUUGUUGUCUGGGAUAUCGGUAGCAGAAAGGGGACAGCAUUUGAACUUCAAGGUCACAAGGAGAAAGUUCAAGGUCUAGCAUACGCCAAGACGUCUCACCAACUCUUGACUGGUUCUGAUGAUGGAAUUCUGGGAAUUUGGGACAUGGAAGUGAAGAGACUAGAGACACCUGAGUGGGUUGAGAGUGAUGUUUGCCAGAAAUGUAGCUCCCCUUUCUUUUGGAACUUCCGCAAGAUGUGGGCAGAUAAAAAAGUUGGAAUGAGACAGCAUCAUUGUCGACACUGUGGCAAGGCUUUGUGCCACGCUUGCUGCAGUAAAAUGUCCACGAUACCACUCAUGGGGUACGAGUACGAGGUUCGAGUCUGUGACGCUUGCUUUGAACAAAUUACACCGGAAGACAAAGCCCCACAUGCAACAUUUCAUGACCUCAAACACGGCAUCGUGCACAUGCACCUGGAUGAGUCCAGGAAGGUUCUACUAACUACAGGAAAGGACAGGAUCAUGAAG